AGAGAAGAGGGAGUGGGGAGAGGUAGAGGGGCAGACAGAGACGGAGAGAUGCAGCAGGAGGAGACAGUCUGGCUGGUCAAUACUCAUAACUCAGAUGACAGUCCACACAUGACUACAAUCACGCACUUGUCUCCCUGACUGUGUCGUUUGCCUUUUUCUAUGUUAUCACCCUGCAAACCCAGCCAGAGGGAGCCCCGUCAUUUCAGCUGCAAACGAGAAAUUUCACAACAUGAGGUGCAGAACUCUCCUGCUCACUUCUUAAAGGUGGAGUACAGCAACAGGAACCUCCUGCUCUAUGCUGCAGGGAGGCAGAGCACUCUGUCUCUCCAACUGCUUCCAUGGAAUAACUAAAGUUCUCAGGAUGUCAGGAAUGGAAAUCCCAGCGGUGGAUUUAAACAGCUCGCGCCUGGACAACGUAACGCUCCUGAAGCCCAUUCCCACCUCCAUUUCCACCGCAGUGGACUCCUCCUUGUCCUCCUCUGCCGCCGAACGUCUGGAGAACGUCUACGUCUACGUCUCCAUCUUCCUCAGCCUCCUGGUGUUUCUGCUCCUGCUGCUGGUCAUCGCGCUCCACAGACUCAAGAACACCGUCUCCUCCACCUCCUCCUUCCCAGAAUGUACCAGCAAUGGAGGGAACUCUUUCACCAACAUUGAAAUUUGCAGCUUGUCUUCGCAAAGGUCAACGGUGUCUUCCUUAUCUUGCUGAGGCUAAGAGUUCUCAAAAUAAGCAUGUACUACUCAUGAAUUCUGACACACACACACACGCUCAAAAAAAGUGAAGUGCAAUAGUAAGUGAAAUGGCUUACAGUAUGAACAUAAUAUCUACUGUCAGAGACGGUUACUUGGUAAUUUGUAAUAUG